UACUUGCCUCCUCCAAUCCUUGCAAAGCCCACGACUCGUAGCAACUUUAGCCAUGGCUUCCAAGCUCCAGCUCCUGCCCUCCUUCAUUGCCAUUGUGGUUCUCGCAGCGGUUAUCCACCCUUGCGCGUCCGUUGAGUUUCACCGCAAGCUCGCCAGUUGGUCUAAUGCCGGCGCGACAUGGUAUGGCGCCGCUAAUGGGGCUGGGAGUGAUGGUGGUGCGUGCGGGUACAAGGGUGCCGUCGACCAGUCACCGUUUUCAUCCAUGAUCGCCGCCGGCGGCCCUUCCCUCUACGCCUCUGGCUUGGGCUGUGGAUCUUGCUACCAGGUGAAAUGCACUGGUAACGCCGCGUGCUCCAGCAGCCCGGUGACGGUCGUCAUCACGGACCAGUGCCCCGGCGGCCCUUGCUUGGAAGAGCCGCACUUCGACCUGAGCGGGACGGCGUUCGGUGCCAUGGCGAAGCCCGGCCAGGCCGACCAGCUGCGCGCUGCGGGCGUCCUCCAAAUCCAGUUCACCCGCGUGCAGUGCAACUGGGCCGGAGUGAAGCUAACCUUCGUCGUGGACGCCGGCUCGAACCCGAACUACUUCGCCGUGCUCAUCCAGUACCAAAACGGCGACGGCGACCUCUCGGCUGUCGACCUCAUGCAGAGCGGUGCUGCGGCGGCAUGGGCGCCGAUGCAGCACUCGUGGGGUGCUGUCUGGAAGCUCGACGCCGGGUCGGCCCUGCAGGCGCCGCUCUCCCUCCGCCUCACGUCCAGCUCCGGCAAGAAGCUCGUCGCCAGCAACGUCAUCCCCCUUGGGUGGAAGGCCGGCUCUGCGUACCAGUCGACAGUCAAUUCUAGAUCAUCAAUGGCUAGUCCUGGCACAUUGCUGUUGGCGACGGUGCUCGUCAUCCUAUCAAUUUUCGUAAGCCCCAUCUCCGGCUACUGGAAGCCGAGCCGCACCCGCACCAGGCGCCCUAGCAGCCGCCGGUCCUGGUCCUCGGGCGGCGCGACGUGGUACGGGAGUCCUUACGGCGCCGGCAGCGACGGUGGCGCGUGCGGUUACCAAAGCGCCGUCGGCCAGCACCCGUUCUCGUCGAUGAUCGCCGCCGGCGGACCGUCCUUCUUCAAGAGCGGCAAAGGCUGCGGUGCAUGUUAUCAGGUCAAGUGCACCGGUAACAAGGCCUGCUCCGGUCGCCCGGUGACCGUCGUCAUCGCCGACAACUGCCCCGACGGCAUAUGCGCCUCGGAGGAUCAUUUCGACAUGAGCGGCACCGCCUUCGGCGCCAUGGCCAACCGAGGGAUGGCCGACCGCCUCCGCUCCGCCGGGCAGCUCAAGAUCCAUUACGCGAGGGUGCCCUGCAAGUACAACGGCAUGAACAUUGUCUUCAAGGUGGACGCGGGCUCCAACCCGUUCUACCUCUCCGUGCUGAUCAUGUACCAGGCCGGCGACGGAGACCUCUCUGCCGUCGACAUCAUGCAGGGCGGCUGCGCGCCCGGCCACCACAACGACCACGGCGCGCCGUGGAUGGCGAUGCAGCAGUCCUGGGGCGCGCUGUGGCUCCUCCAGUCGAACAACGGGAAGCCUCUCCAAGCCCCGUUCUCGUUCCGGCUCACCUCGGGUUCCGGCAAGGUGCUCGAGGUCACCAACGCCAUCCCUUCCGGCUGGACGGCCGGCACGUCCUACAGCUCCUCGGUGAACUACGCCAGCUAGGGUGGCUGGCGCGGAGUGUAUGCUUUAGAUCUGGUUCUGCAAUUUGUGAGCUUUUACCUUGUCAAGGCCGGUAUCCGGUAAUCGGCAUGCAUGCGCGUCCGGGAAUUGUGAGCGGCCGCGUCAGAAGAGGAAGAAAGUCAAGUGUUUCUGUGUUGUGUUCUUUGCUCUUCCCUCUCCGAGGCCCUGCCUUGCAGUUGUUUCCCUAGUGAUGUCUUUUUCUUGAGCUGUAGUGAUGCAGCAAUAGAUGCGAUGUUUCUUGGGUCCAUUUAUCGCUCAGGCUUUGGCUUGGGGGUGCUGAAACUUGGUAUAAGAAAGUGGCCACGAAAUCAGAAAAAAAGAACUUGUUAACUAAAAGCUAAAAAUAUGCAAAAGCUGGUUGGACAAACGGGAUCAUGAACGUUCGCCAUAAUGCCAAAUACAUCAAAAAUAGACAUUUUAGUAGAUUUUACUUGGAUUCUGAACUAGAGGAAAAUAAAUAGA